AUGCAUUUACACAUACUAGUUGCAGUAGUAUCAGUAGUAGCAAUAUUGACAUCUUUAGGGAAAGCAAGUGCUCAAGAGAGGCCAUAUUGUGAAACGUCGUGUGGUAAUGUGAAUAUAACAUUUCCUUUUGGUUCAGGUCCAGGAUGCUACCACGGUCCUGAGUUCCUUGUAACCUGUGACAGGACCCAUAGUGAAGGGCCUACACUUUUCUUAAGAGCAAGCGAAAUUAGUAUUACAAAUUUGUCAAUAAGCACAGGCGAGAUUGAAGUUACGUCGUAUGUUGCUCAUGAUUGUUACGAUAGCAAUGGGUUAAGAGACGAGAACACAUCCAAUGAUCCGUCUUUCACGUUGAUGUAUUUCCAAGUAUCAACCAAGAACAGGUUUGUCGCCAUUGGGUGUGACACCGACGCGUAUAUCCUAGGAUUAAGUGGGGGUGAAUAUUAUGGUACUGGAUGCAUGUCUGUUUGUGAUAACAACAGCGGUAUCACAAAUGGAUCUUGCUCCGGGGUUGGGUGUUGUGAAGUGAAAAUCCCAGAAGGAAUGGGCGCUUUUAACUUGUCCCUGGGUAGCUUCUUUAACCAUACCAAUAUAUUAAAGUUUAACCCUUGUAGCCAUGCUUUUGUUGUUAACCAAGAGUACAAUCACUUCAACUUUUCCUCCACCAAUCUGAUCGAUUUUGGAAGUAUAGAGAAGAUGCCCAUGUUACUUGAUUGGGCAAUCGGUAAUGAAACUUGUGACAUAGCAAGUAAAGACACACAAAACUUCCUAUGUAAAGGAAACAGUGAAUGCGAUCAAAAAUAUGCUGGUUCUGGAUAUCGAUGUCGUUGCCUUGAAGGUUAUCAAGGAAACCCUUAUAUUAAAGAUAGCUGCACAAAUAUUAAUGAGUGUCUGGACAGAAAUCAUGUUUGCCUGCAUAAAUGCGUUGAUACUGUAGGAAAUUAUACAUGUUCUUGUCGAAGAGGAUACUCUGGAGAUGGCAGGAAAGAUGGAUCUGGUUGCACUGUAAAGCAAUCUUUAGUUAUAAUGAUUGCCGUGUGUAGCUUGAUUGCUUUCAUACUUCUGCUUAUACUUGUCACCUGGGUGUAUGUGGGAGUCAAGAAGCAUAAGGUUAUGAUGCUCAGGGAAAAAUUCUUUAAGCAAAAUGGUGGAAUUAUGUUGCAGCAACGUAUUUCUAAAGAUGGGGGUUCUCAUGACCGGUUCAGAUUAUUCACUAUGAAAGACCUUAACAAGGCGACUGACAACUAUGAUGAGAGCAAGAUUAUCGGUAAGGGUGGCUAUGGCACAGUUUAUAAAGGAAUUCUAUCUGAUAAUAAAAUAGUUGCCAUAAAGAAGUCCAAAUUGUUAGAUCAAACCAAAACCCAGAUAGAGCAAUUUAUAAAUGAAGUUGUUAUCCUUUCCCAAAUCAAUCAUAGAAAUGUGGUGAAGCUGAUUGGAUGCUGUUUGGAAGCAGAAAUCCCUUUAUUGGUUUACGAGUUCAUUCCAAAUGGUACUCUGUCUGAUCAUAUCCACGAAGAAAGCAAGUCAGUGGCUGUUACUUGGGACAUCCGGCUGAGAAUAGCAACAGAGACAGCUGGAGCACUUUCAUAUUUACACUAUGCAGCGUCUGUCCCAAUCGUUCAUCGAGAUAUCAAGACUAAUAAUAUACUUUUAGAUGAUAGUUAUGUAGCAAAAGUGGCUGAUUUUGGAGCAUCUAAACUAAUUCCCGUGGAUCAGAUUGAGUUGGAAACAUUGGUGCGGGGAACACUAGGUUACUUAGAUCCCGAAUACUUGCAGACGAGUCAACUGACUGAUAAGAGCGAUGUUUAUAGUUUCGGGGUAGUACUAGUAGAGCUUAUAACUGGACAAAAAGCUCUUAACUUUGAUAGGCCAGAGGAAGAGAGGAGCCUAGCUAAAUACUUUUUAUCUUCUUUAAAAAAUGGGAGACUCUUCCAGGUUCUCGAUCAACACUUGCAGCUAAAAGAACUCCCUAACGAGAUAAUCCAAGUUUCAAGAAUUGCAGAAAGAUGCUUACGUGUUAAAGGGGAUGAAAGGCCUACUAUGAAGGAAGUUGCGACAGAGCUGGAAGGAAUAAUGGCAUCAGUGAUACAAAAGCAUCCUUGGGUGCAAAGUAUUGAAAAUGAAGAGGAAGGAGAGCAUUUGCUUCAGCAAUCAGCGAAUUACUACGCAUUCACAGAUAGGGGCAGCGGAAGCUCAAGUACUUUUGAUAGCAUGAGCAAGCAAAUUACUUUACCCGCAGCUAGUGGCAGGUGAUCAGGAUAGAGAUCGGGUUGUAUCCUCUAUAUAACGAUGAAAAAUAACUUGAAACUUUCGGAUGUUUAGACUAUCAGGGUGUUACAUUGGUUGAAAGAUCAAAUUCUGUGUGCUCUCCUGAUCUUUCACUGAAGUAUCUAUCUGUAGUAACAUGUGGUUGUUUAUUUGUAUUUGAAGUACUUCGUGUGUA